GCAGCUCACCUGAGGGAGCCUCGCAGCCAAUCACCGCGCAGCUCGUCCCUCGGGCUUGUAUCCUUUAGUGAAAGAAUUCAGCUCCCUGCGAGAAAGUUACCUGUGGCCGCCCAAGUCCGCCACUUUCUGCUCUGUGGCCGCCCAUUGCCACGAUCCGGGAGGACUCCGCGCCGCGCGGCCGCCUCCGAGCCCGGGCCCCAUGUGAGGCCCCCCUUGUCCCACCUUUCCGGCUAGGUGAGGGCGCGGGCGCGCGAGCGAGCGAGAGCGGUGCGGGGGGACGGAAAAGCAGAAUUACCUGUAGCUCUUGUUCUGCCAUCUCGGGCGCGCUCACACACCGUCACCUGCACAGACUUGAAAGUCCAGUUUCACCAGAGGCUGAGGCUCCAGGAAAAGGGGAGCGAGUUCAUUGGAUCAAACAUGUCACAAGAGUCGGACAAGUAAGUGGAUCACACGCGCCGGCUGCUGCUGCUACCGCUUUGGGCUGAUGGCAACUGUAAUAAACGACUGGUGGCAUUAGUGCCCAUGCCCAGUGACCCUCCAUUCAAUACCAGAAGAGCCUACACCAGUGAGGAUGAAGCCUGGAAGUCAUAUUUGGAGAAUCCCUUGACGGCGGCCACCAAGGCGAUGAUGAGCAUUAACGGUGAUGAGGACAGUGCUGCUGCCCUGGGCCUACUGUAUGACUACUACAAGGUUCCCCGAGACAAGAGGCUGCUGUCUGUAAGCAAAGCAAGUGACAGCCAAGAAGAACAGGAUAAAAGAAACUGUCUUGGCACCAGUGAAGCCCAGGGUAAUUUGAGUGGAGGAGAAAACCGAGUGCAGGUCCUAAAGACUGUUCCAGUGAACCUUUCCCUAAAUCAAGACCACCUGGAGAAUUCAAAACGAGAACAGUAUAGCACAAACAUCUCUGAGAGCCCAGCCAUCAUCCCCGUGUCAGGAAUCACAGUGGUGAAAGCUGAAGAUUUCACACCUGUUUUCAUGGCCCCACCGGUGCACUAUCCCCGGGGAGAUGGUGAGGAACAACGUGUGGUUAUCUUUGAACAGACUCAGUAUGGCGUGCCCUCCAUGGCCAGCCAUAGCACCUACCUCAAAGAUGACCAGCGCAGCACCCCGGACAGCACUUACAGUGAGAGCUUCAAGGAUGGAAACACUGAGAAAUUCCGGAGUGCUUCAGUUGGGGCUGAGGAGUACCUGUAUGACCAGACAUCAGGCGGCACAUUUCAGUACACUCUGGAAGCCACCAAAUCUUUGCGUCAGAAGCAGGGGGAGGGCCCCAUGACCUACCUCAACAAAGGACAGUUCUAUGCCAUAACGCUCAGUGAGACUGGAGACAACAAAUGCUUCCGACACCCAAUCAGCAAAGUCCGGAGCGUGGUGAUGGUGGUCUUCAGUGAAGACAAAAACCGAGAUGAGCAGCUGAAAUACUGGAAGUACUGGCACUCCCGGCAGCAUACGGCAAAGCAGAGGGUCCUUGACAUUGCUGAUUACAAGGAGAGCUUUAAUACAAUUGGGAACAUUGAGGAGAUUGCAUAUAAUGCUGUUUCCUUCACCUGGGAUGUGAAUGAAGAGGCGAAGCCCAGCGCAGAUGCUCAUCUCCCACAGAUUUUCAUCACUGUGAAUUGCCUGAGUACAGAUUUCUCCUCCCAGAAAGGGGUGAAAGGACUUCCUUUGAUGAUUCAGAUUGAUACAUACAGUUAUAAUAAUCGUAGCAAUAAGCCCAUUCAUAGAGCUUACUGCCAGAUCAAGGUCUUCUGUGACAAAGGAGCAGAAAGGAAAAUCCGAGACGAAGAGAGGAAGCAGAACAGGAAGAAGGGGAAAGGCCAGGCCUCCCAAACCCAGUGCAACAGCUCCUCUGAUGGGAAGUUGGCGGCAAUACCGUUACAGAAGAAAAGCGACAUCACCUACUUCAAAACGAUGCCUGACCUGCACUCGCAGCCAGUCCUCUUCAUACCUGAUGUUCACUUUGCAAAUCUGCAGAGGACAGGACAGAUGUAUUACAACACGGAUGAUGAACGAGAAGGCAGCAGUGUCCUUGUUAAACGGAUGUUCAGGCCCAUGGAAGAGGAAUUUGGUCCAGCACCGUCUAAGCAGAUGAAAGAAGAAGGAAUGAAGCGAGUGCUUUUGUAUGUGCGGAAGGAGACGGACGAUGUGUUCGAUGCUUUGAUGUUGAAAUCACCCACAGUGAAGGGCCUGAUGGAAGCGAUAUCUGAGAAGUACGGGCUGCCUGUGGAGAAGAUCACAAAGCUUUAUAAGAAAAGCAAAAAAGGCAUCUUGGUGAACAUGGAUGACAACAUCAUUGAGCACUACUCCAAUGAGGACACCUUCAUUCUCAACAUGGAGAGCAUGGUGGAAGGCUUCAAGAUCACACUCAUGGAAAUCUGAGCCCAGCUCUCGGCAUCCCCUUGGCAGGAGCCCUCAGCGCAUUCCUCCCCAGGAGAGAUGGAGGCCCCAGCCUGGAACCCGGACACCCACCUCCCCCAACUCAAAACCACUGUUACAGACCACACUGGGAGCCGGACGAGGCACAGAGCCCCGGUUCUUAUCCGUGUGUUGGGCCCAUCCGCAGGGUCCUACUGGAGCUGAAGCCUGAGGCCCUCAGGAACGUGUGCUGGGCCUGUCAGAUACUUAUUUAUUCUCCACCUUCUUCGGGAACCCAGGGUCCAGGCCCGCCAAGGCACUGCUGGUCACUGCUGGCCUCAGAUGAGACCGUCCAGAGCUUUCCCCCUCCAAGGGAGACACAGCCAAUCCGUUCACUCCAGAGAGCCUGAGAAUGCCCGGGCCCUUCCGCCUCACCUGCACUUCUCCUGAGUGGCUGGACCAAACGAGCUGCUGCCACUUUCUGGUCACAAACCUUCAGGCCACUCUGGGGAAGGCCAUCUUGCUAAAUACCUCCCAGGGUUUGUCACGAGUGGCUGCCAGGCCUUGUACAGGAAGACAUUCAGCUGCCAUGUAAUUAGUAACUCAGAAGGCGUGCCUGGACAUCGUGUACAUAGUGUUUAUAAUAUCACAAUAAUAUAUUUUACCCGUGGUACGUGGGCAUGUUUACUGCCCCUGAGCUGUUGGGGAGGCGCUGGGAAGGGAAGUGGCCUCGGGUGUCAGGGACCCCGGGGGAUGCCGAGGAGGAUGCUGGGGGCACUCCCGCUGUGCGGGCCACUGUGCUGGGCUCCUGGCGACGCCCGGCCUGUGCCUCCGAGUGGCCCAGGCAGGUGGGAAAGGUCAGGGCGUGGAGGCCUCGGCCCUCGGUUGAGGGGAGCUCUGCCGAGAGGCUGUGCUAUCCCGGAGCCACCGCCGAGCUCCGUGGGGCUCGGGAGGGCCUGGCCCCUGUGUGGCACCUCACGGUUUACACGCACAUCCUUCAUCUCAAGUGGCUCCCUUACAAGCCCAGCAGCAGCUGAGAGCCGUGCCCACAGCUUAGCUCUGAAUCCACAGGUGAGGGCAGCCUCCUGUGGCCGCCUCUGCUCCAGGCUGCUGGAUGGUGGGGGCGGGGGGGUGCCCCCCCAGAGCGCUCUGGCUCUUCUGAAGGCAGCCUCCCGAGGAGGACUGGGAGAGAAGGUCUUGUCCUCCUGCACGUGCCCUGGGAGACAAAGAGGAGAAAGAAACGCUUCCCUAAACAAUUAUGAAACCAUGAGCCGUCUUGGGGCGCUGUUCUCUUUGAAAGGACUGGUCAGUGGUCUGGGGUUUGCGUUCACCCAUGUGGCUGAAGCACUAGCCUUUGGUAGUCAGCACGCCCUCCCCUCAAGAUCCUGCGCUAGGACAGGUUCUGUGUAAAGGCCCAGAUUUAUUUGAGAAGCACUUUGACGUCUUACCUGGGGGGCUCUCUCUCUCCAAGGGCUCCCUGCCUCCCACCCCUUCUGCCCCUGAGGCCCAGAGCAGGCCAGAAGGGCUGUUUUCAGCCAGCUGUGUCUCCUCGAGGCUGCAGAGGAUUUGAAUGGAACAGAGGGCAGGGGCCGCACCUAGGGAAAUGUCCGGGUGGUCUUAUGGGGGCACCUUUCAGUGUGUCUUCUGGACAUCUUACCCCUUCCUGUGGUGCCAAAGGUUUGCAUCCUGGAUUCAGUUCUGCUCCAGCCUGUUCCCUCCUCCCCACUCUGUCAUGCCCUGAACCAGUAGCUUGGGGACCUCACUGGGUACUGAUGCAGCUCUGUUCUAUGACAGACAAAUUCAGUGUUGGAAAUAGGCACUUCCCAUGCACCUGACUUAUCCGUUCCGUCCUCUGGAGUCUGUGCCCCAGUAGUACCUGCCAUUUCAUCUGCCAGUCAUGUUUGAACCCGCCCCUCAUGUUUGAACCGGCCCCUGAGGCAAGGAGCAUGGGAAGUGCAUAGUAUAUAAGAUACAAUUUUGGGCAGUCUGACACAGGUAGCCCCACCCUUCUUUCUCUAGUCUUGUGGGAAAAUGUUUGCUAGUCCUGCCCUAGGCAGAGGAUGAAUCAGAGAUGCUUUUUCAUUUGUUUCUGAUCCCUAAGCAAUCACUGUAGUGACCCCUACCUACCAGAACAAAGAAUGUGAGGCCAGUGCCACCCAAGGGUGGUGCAGAGCAUCACCUCCCAUCUGCUCUGCUCCCAACCCUUACCCUGUCCGCUCCAUCCUCAGAGUGCCCGCGGCUUAGCUUGGAUGUGUCCUCCACCAUGUAUGUCAGCAGAGCUUCGAUGAGCACAAUUUUCUGAGCAGAAGCACUCUAGAAAGAUAGGAAAAACUGACUCCUCUGCUUUUGUCCCUUAAGUUAAUCACACUGAAAUAAAUAUGCUUUUUAAAAAAUCCAUGUAAAAUGGGGGACAUGUCAAACAAGUAUUUUUCUUAUAUGUAUCCAAGUUGCUUAGACUUAACAGGUGUUUGGAAAUUGGGACCAACAGCAAAAUGCAGUCAGAUAUCAUCUUGGACUUGGAUCCUAAAAGACUGAACUCAGAAACUUAGGAGGCAUGAAAUGAAUCAACAUUUAUUUUCCUUCUUAUUUAAAGUUAGGAAAAUGCAAGAGAAACAGGGUUUGUGCCAAAUUCUCUGAAUGGCCCGUUCUUAAAAACGAGUGAGGGAGAUUGAUAGAUGGACAAUUUGCUUUCAUGUUUUAAAGAAAAAAAAGGCAAAUGUAACUUAAUAGUUUUGUAAAUGGGAGAGGGGGAAUCUAUAAACUAUAAAUACAGUUAUUUUAUUUUUUGUACAUUUUUAAGAAGAAAAAAUAAAUAUUCAUAAUGUCAGAGUAAA